UAAAUAUUAUUUUUUAAAGUGGCUACUUUAUAAUUUAUGCACUUUGAUUCUGCGAUUAAGAUCUCUUAAUCAUAUGUAUUUUUAUUUGUUUGGAUUUUGCCUGUUACUACAUUGAAAUUGAAUUAUGGGCAUGUGAUUUGGCUGCCUUUUUGUAGUUUUACAAAUUUUAUGUAAUCUACCUCAAGAGUAAUUUCUAUAUAGUGCAGUGGUUGACUACAAUGCUUGCAUUUCUUGUUCAGUAAGCUGAAAGUCUAUCUUGGUCUCUUGAUUCAGAGACUACUUAUCAGGUUAGAUUGACCGGUUCACUGCUUCUUAGCAAUCUCCUGAAAAGGAUUUGAGAAGGAAAUGUUAAGCCAAUCUGUUUUACAGAUACGUAGGGCUCUUCUGUGUGGACAAAUUGGAGUGUAUUCAUCCUGUGAAGGAGCUUGCUACUGAACCACAGAAAUCCCUCACCGCUCAGGUUAUUGAGAAUGGAAGGAUGGGAACUGACACAGGCAAAGAAAGACAAGCACCCUGUUUGGCAGCAGUGUGACUGCCACUAACUAAGUAAUGACGCUUGAUGUCAGCUCUGGGACUCAUCAAUAUCUAAGUGUUGUAAAAUAAUUAUAGCAGGUAAUUGAUAGCGUGUAUGGAUGGACUGUCAGCUGAUACCUAGAAACAGACUGCCUUUGUCAGCUGAGCUUUUACUGUUUUCGCGUGGGGCGCGCAGUGCGGACGCUCUCGAGUUCUUCACCUUCCCGUGGCAUCAUGGACAGCGGGAAACUGAUGCAAAUGCCCGCACCCACGGCUGACAGGGUGAGAGUAGCCGUGAGGGUGCGGCCCUUCAGUCAGAGAGAGAAGAACUCUGGAAGCAAAUGUGUGAUCUCCAUGCAUUCCAAAACCACCACCACUAUCCAAGACCCCAAGAACCCAGAGCAUGUGAGGACAUUUACUUUUGACCUGGCAUAUUGGUCUCAUAGUGGAUUUCAAAAGGAUAGAGAUGGUGUCCUCAUUCCAGCUGAUCCUACUAGUAACUUUGCAGGCCAGAGAGAUGUCUUCUGUGAUAUCGGAAGAGGCAUUCUAGACAAUGCCUGGCAGGGCUACAACGCUACUCUCCUGGCCUAUGGUCAGACGGGCUCUGGGAAAAGCUACUCCAUGAUUGGGUUUGGUACCAACAAGGGUAUCAUCCCAAGAGUGUGUGAAGAGCUCUUUCAAGCAAUUGAGAACCAGGAGACAAAUCAAGAAUUGAACCAAAUUGCCAGCCUUCUUGAAAAUCACAAUCACUUCAUUUCCCCCCCACAGAUAAGGGAUUUGCUCUCUAGAACCAAGAAUCCUGGUGGGCUAAAAGUCAGGGAAGACCAACAGCUGGGCUUUUUCGUGGAGGGUCUGAAGUGGGUACCUUGUGAGAAGUAUGUUCAAGUUGAAAAGCUCAUGGAACAGGGGACAAAAGUCAGGACGACAGCUUCCACCCACAUGAAUGCCAGCAGCAGCCGAUCCCACAUGGUCAUCACCAUUCAGCUCAAGCAGAUUUUCCCAGACACAGCCCUCACCAAACAAUCCAGCAUCAACUUGGUGGACUUGGCCGGAAGCGAGAGGCAGAAGUCCUCAGGAUCGGAAGGAGAUCGGCUGAGGGAGGGAUCACGCGUCAACUUGAGUUUAACCAGUCUAGGAAAUGUCAUCAGUGCUCUAGCUGAUACAGCUAUGGGGAAGAAAGUCUUGCAUAUUCCCUACCGAGAUUCUGUCCUGACCAAACUGCUCCAGUCAGCCCUGGGUGGGAACAGCAGAACGACUUUGAUGGCCGCCAUCAGCCCAGCUGACAUCUGCUACGAGGAAACCUUGUCGACGUUAAGAUACGCUGAAAGGGCCAAGAAGGUGAGGAACAAAGCUGUGGUCAACACCUGCAUACUGCUGAGAGAGUCAAGGGCCGAGAACAGGCUGCUGCUCGGAUAUGGAAAUGCUGGAGUGGAAGAGUACUCAGCCUGCUUCCUGGCACGACAGCAGCUGGGGACUCAUGGGACCUGGGCCCACCUGCUGGCACAGGCGCAGAGAGAAUGGGAGCAGCAGUAUGCCACCAUUGCCCAGGAGCAACAGAUGAUGAAAACCCUCCCUCACCUUCUCAACGUCAAUGAGGACCCGCAGCUCACUGGGGUCCUCAAGUACUUCAUUCGCGAUGGUUCAUGUGACAUUGGUCAGGAUGCUUCAAACGCAAUCAUUCUUCGAGGUCUGGGAAUUUCAGAUAAACACGCUACCAUCACGAAUCUGGAUGGCAAAGUGACAGUCACUCCACACAGCAGGUGCAAGGUUGUCGUUAACGGGGUGCCCAUCACCACCAGGACAAAACUGCAGCAUUUGGACCGCGUCAUCCUGGGCUCCAACAGCGCUUACCUGUACGUCGGGCUUCCUUCCGAGCGAGGCUGCGCAGACUGGAGCAGAUUCGACUACGACUUUUUCCAGCUGGAGCGCGCAGCAGCGGCGGGCGUGAGCGUGGACACGCUCGGUGCUGUGAGCACUGGAGAUGGAGAUGGCCAGGUGGACCCCAGUGUCUUGGCUGUGUUCCAGGACUAUGUCAAACUCAUGCCACUGGUGGCAGAAGCAAAUCAAAUGAGUGACGAGCUGGAGAAGGGACUGAAAAUGGAGCUGAAGGUGAAGAAUUUAGCAGCGUCAGAUUCCAGAGGCUAUGACCUGCAAAAGGAGGUCAUGGUGAAGGUGACAAAACAAAGGACUGGCGAGGUGUGGAUGUGGUCAAAAGCCAAGUUCAUCAACAGGAAAUUCUUGAUGGAGGAACUUUACCAGCGCUUUCUGGAGGGAGAAGACAGCCACGUGACUCGAGAGGAUGACCCUUUCUGGGAUCCUGUGGAGGCUGUCCACCUGGGCUCAGCGCACAUCUGGCUCCAGUCACUGGCCUACUGCAUGAAGCUGGAGGAGCAGGUGGAGUUUCUGAACUGCGACGGGCUGGAGGAGGCCAUGCUGCACAUCCACAUCGUCCCCUGCUCCCCAGAAGGACGAGCCCAUGGGGAGGAGGAAGUGGUUACUGACCCUUUGGAGCUGCUGGGCAAGAGGGUCGAUUUUCAGAUUCAUAUUGUUCAGUGCCUCGGCGUCAAGUGGCUUAAGGAAGAUGCCAAGCGGGGAGUUCAGAUCGGGUACAAAAUCUAUGACCUCCCAAACACUUUAUAUACCAAGCCCGUAUGGAAAAGUGUGAAUCCCCAAAUCGAAGAGACUGUCCAGUUUGCAGCCUUAAAUACAUCUCAGGAGUUUCUGAGCUAUUUACAGACAAAUGCUCUCAUUGUCGAUCUGUGGGGCCUUCAAGAAGGCUGUGCAGAGUUGGACCACCCUCAGUUGGAUCUUCUGCUCACAGGGGAAGGCCACGUCAUGGUAGAUAUCAAGAAAUUUUCCACUGUGAAGGAGAUGAGUCAGACAUCAUCAAACCAGCUAUCGGAACUUUAUCUGAAGCUACUCAAAUUGGAGGAGGAGACAGAGCUGCUCAGAGAUGUUAACAGAGUCUUAAGAGAGGAAAAUGUGUUUCUCAAGGAAUCACUGCAUAGAAGUGGUUCCUCUCAACAAGCCCCAAAGCUUUCUGAUACCCCAAAGGAAAACGGAGUGACAACCCGGCUGCUGUCAACCAGAGAGACGACUCAAGUGCAUACUCAGCAAUCCCACUGUGAUAGAGAGCUGGCCAGGGCGCUGAAGGUCUUCUACCAGGGCAUGAGCACGGCCAGAGGGCAGCUUCUCAGACUGAGGCAGUUCAGACCUCCCGAAGAUGAUCAAAUGCUUCGACCAUUUGUACAAGAGCAGUCACAGAUGCUAAAAGACCUUGGGGAUCUGCUUGAAUCCAGCUUAUGGAAACUGAAAAAUGACGUUGCUCUUAUAGUGAAAAAGAAGAGAGAAUAUUUAUGGCAUAUCAAACAGUGAAGAUACAUUCAUUGACUGCUGCAAAUAUUUGCUUUGGGUUGUCAAGAUCAUUUGCAUAGCUAAAGUGCUCAAUUUGCUUACUUAACCUCUUCCAUUUUUUAAGUAGAACUCUUAUUUAUCUUUUUGUUUUGUCUUAGAGACAGACAGACAGAGAGGCAGACAGAAAGAUCGCCUAGGCUGGCUUUGAACUUGCAAUCCUCCCCCACCACUGCCUUCACUGCGGUGCAAUGGGAUCGAUCACAGGUUUGUGCCACCGUCAUACUGGUUCGCAAAUGGACUUUGUUUAUUUAUUAUAAUGUGUGGUGCUCCCCGGCUUGUGGGUGGGUGUGUAUGUGGUGUACACUCACAUGCACACAGCAACGCACACCCUGUGUGUUC